CAGCAACUCCACCAUCUUCCCCACGCGACGGAGUACUGCCCGAUCUACGAACGCGCUCCAUUGCGCACCACCUUAACGCGACAAUCCGGCACUUCCGUGUCAUCAUUACGGAUAUGGCACCCUCCCAGAAGACGCUUGAGAAAGCGUUGGCCGACGCUGUGCGUGCCGUCUUGAAUAGCGAAAAUGAACGCGACCAGCUGACAGUCAACUUUGUCCGGAAUCGUGUAGAGCAAGAGUUCGGAUUGGAGGAUAAAUUCUUCGCGCAAGGUGACUGGAAGGCGCGCAGCAAGGAUAUCAUCAAGCAGGCUGCCGAUGAGGCAACCGCCGAACCGGAGCCAUCGUCAGAGCCGAAGGAUGAGAUCACGGUCGAUACCAAGAAUGGUGUCAAGCGCCAGUCGACUGAAGAACCAAGUCCACCACCGAAGCGCGUGAAGAGGGUUACGGCGCCAAAACGUUCCAAGAAGCAGGAGUCCGAAUCAGAGCUCAGUCAGCUGGAUGAUUCUGAGGAAGAAAAGCCGAAGAAGACGAAGCGACUAAGUGACCUGGGUUCAUCAGAAGAAGAUACCAAGAAAAAGCAGAAGAAGCAGCCAAAGGCAAAGCAGCCCAAGAAAGCUGCACCGCGCGGCAAGUCUAAGAAAACCGUGAUUUCGGAUGAGGACGAAGCAAAGAUCAAACCAGAUGACUCCGCAGAUCGGAAGCGAAAGCUCCCUGCACCGAGCAAGAAACCAAUGGCAAAACGGGCGAAGAUUGAGUCCGACAAUGAUGAAGUCGAUGAGAAGAUGCCCAUUAAGGAUGAUUCUGAGGCAGAGGCCAAAGUCAAGACAUCAGCCAAUCCAGCGAAGGAGUCCACGAGUAAGCAGGAAGAUUCUGAUGAGGAAAAGAAAGUCGAUGUCGAAAACGAAAGCAAAGCCGCUGCCGUUGUUGAUGAUAGUUCUGAGCUGUCCUCUGUGAUCGACGAUGAGCCUCCUCCUCCAAAGAAGAGAGGCAAAGCCAAGGAAAGCAAGGGACCGGCCAAAGUGAAGGCAUCAUCGAGCAAACCAGCACCGAAAGAACUAGACGGCGACGAAGUCGAGAUCAAGAAACUACAAGGACAGCUGCUCAAGUGCGGAGUGCGGAAGAUAUGGGCGUUUGAGCUUAAGGAUUAUGGUAGUGAUAGCGGAGGCAAGAUCAAACAUCUCAAGAAAAUGCUUAAGGAGAUCGGCAUGGAUGGGCGCUUUUCCGAGGCCAAGGCGAAGGAGAUCAAAGAAAGGAGAGAACUGAUGGCCGACUUGGAAGCUGUGCAGGAGAUGAACAAGAAUUGGGGGGUUGGUGGACACAAUGGUCGAGCUUCCAGAAGCAAAGCUAAGGCUGCGCAGAGGGAGUCAUCGGAGGAAGUAGAGACCGAGGAAGAGGCAGUGGAUGCGAAACCUCGCGUUUCCAAGAGAAUGGCCGAUUUGGCUUUCCUUGGCGACGAGAGCGAGUCUGAGUAGCCCAAAUCUCUUGUUGGUCUCCACGACUUGCACCUCAUUAAUUAAUUGAGGUUCACAGAAUGAGGAGUGAUCCGAGCAUGUACAUCAAAUUGCAAGCGACAAAUGCUGUGCCUGGUUGUAUUUUGGGGGUGGGUCUAUCUGCUGGCAUUGAGUCUCUGGGCUAUGAGACUGAAGACGGCUACUGAACCCAUGAAUAACACUCCAUUAUAAAACUGCAACGUGUCAAUCCUUUGGGCUGGAAAGAUCUCAUUUGAUC